UCUCAUUAUCAGCGGGCAGGAGCAGACGAGCAUGGAGCUAUCACUGAUGGCAGCACAGCAUUUGCAAGCAGUCAGCGGGGCCUUCAUGGAUUCUCCAUACAAUGGCAACUCGUCUCUUCAGACGUCCACCUCCAACCUCAACACCAGCUUCUCCAGACCAGCCGAGCAAGAAGAGGAGGGCAAGUUCUCCAGCGACGCCAUCUGGCUGUGGGUGGCCGUCAUCGCAACCAUUGGCAACAUUGUGGUGGUAGCGGUGGUGUGCGCCUGUGCCUUUUAGACCCCGUAGUCUGCAAGAACACAGCCUGAACUCUUGAUCCCUCACCCGUCUGCACUUAGCACAGUAUGUAGUAUGCAAGCAACAACCUUCUGUCUCC